GGUUCAAUAUGUCAAAGGAUCCUCUGCUUUUCGUCGAAGUCUUGUGAAAGCCAAAGCGGAAUCCGCUAGCGCGGCAUUUUUACUGGCUCCCAAAUUUACCAAGAAUGAUGACGAAAUUGAUGCGGCACAGCUCAUGAGAGCUUUGGCAUUGAAGAAAUACAAUAAUGAUUUACCAUUAUAUGUUCAAGUUCACUUACCUGAAAAUAUAUCUCAUUUCGAUUUCUUGGCUGAGGAUGUGAUAUGUAUAGACGAAUUAUCCAUGGGUCUUAUGGCUCAAAGUUUGGUCACUCCCGGAUUUGCCUCACUUGUUGUAUUGCUUACCACUUCCGUUACUGAUAGAGUCGCGAAUGAAUUAUCCCAUAACGCAAUAAGACAAAAACCAGAAUUAAAGUGGGCAACCGAAUAUAUUCGUGGCAUGCAACAGGAAAUAUAUGCAGUUGAACUUUCUGAAUUCGAGGGAAAAACAUUCUUGGAAUGUUCCGAGCUUAUUUAUGUGCACUUGGACGCGGUUCUUUUCUCCAUUGGGGCAUGCAAGACAAGUGAAAAGACUUCCUCGACAUUCGUUAAAAACAAUUCUUCUCGUAUUCAAGUUUAUUUAAAUCCUCAGGAUUACGUGAUCAAGGGAAAUGAAAUCGGUUUCGUCAUUUCUGACAACGCUAGAAUAGCCUCCAAGGUGGCAAAAUUUAAUCAUAAAAAAAAUAAACGGUUUGAUCCGUAUGGGGGAAUGCAAUUUCUCCGUUCAACUAAGAGUUUCUUCCAACUAAAUAAAAAGGAUGAGAAAGUUGAUAAAGUUAAUAGUGAUCUUGAAAGAAAUGGAACAAAUGAUGAUUAUUCUACAAUGGUCAUAUCAACAUCUCCACCCUCCACUCAAGUUCCCGGUGAAGAUGAGCCAUCGAAUAUAAGAGACGAGUCAGAAUGCAUAAGCAUGCUUCCAAAAUCCGAUACAGAACGAUCAGAAGUUUUACGUAAGAACAUCGAGAAGGCAAAGGCAUAUUGGGAUAAGCCAGUCGAUAGCGGUAUCGAAGAAGUGAGAAAUCACGUUUUGAUAUGCAAUUGUUCGAACCAAUUUCCUGAAAAUCUGGAUAUCUUUGUAAUGGCGCUUCGAGAAAGGAAUUCGUCAUGCCGGGAUAUGCCG